AUGGCGGGCGACGCGCUGAUCCGGCUUGCUUCCGCCCUGGGUUUGCUCGCAGGCGCUGUCGGCAUCUCCGACACCUACGCACAGAGGUUCCAGGCGGAGGAGUCGCUCCGGGCUGACGCCAAUAAGGUCAACAAGACCGGCGGGGGUGGCAAGAUGCUGCGGCUGCAGGCGGAGGCCCUCCGGACGGGCACCGACAGGACCGGGGCCUACAUCGCGGAGGACCUCGAGCGUGCCCCCGACAUGGAGAAGAGGAGCGUCUUGGCGGUCAUCUCUCACUACGUGCCGGGCCGCAUCGGCGGGGCCAACCGCCGCAACGCUGCGCUCCACGAGACGCUAACGGCCAUGCAUGAGUGGCCCAGGGUCGACCUGACCAUCUACGUGCUGACCAACAAGGUCGUGGAGGAGGUGAGCGAGAUGGUGAAGGAUCAGAUCCUCGUGUCCUCGGACGAGCCCGUCUGCAGUGAGACAUGGAAGCACAAGUUCUGCGUGCCUUGGGAGGCCAUUCGCGCUUUGCGAAGCGCCAGCGCUGGCGACGCGCCGACCACACAGCUGGGCUACGAGCUGAAGGGCGAGCCCGUGUACGACGCCUACAUCUACAGCGAGUCCGACCUCAUCAUUCCAGAGACGACCUUCCACUUCUGGCGCUACCACGUGGACACCCUCUUCCAGAGGGGCUACCUGUUGCUCCCAAUGCGCGCCGAGGACAAGCUCCUGACGAAUGACAUCAUCGCCGUCGACUGCUUCAAGGAGGAAUGCGUGGAGAAGACCGAGGUGAUCAGGGACGACGACACCAUUGCGCUGUACAAAACCGACAGGGACCGCUACUACCUGCGGCCGUACAACCCGUAUUCUGGCUGCUUCAUGAUGAACAAGGCCCAGUUCAAGGCUUACCUGAACAGCCCGAUGUGGGACUACCACAAGAUCCGGGAGGCCAACUACAGCCCUUGGGGCGUCCGCGAGACCGCCGCCAGUGGCUUGCUCUGGGCGCCCGAGUUCGGCAAGGAGGCGGGCCUGACUCACCUGAAGAUGCGGGUGUGGCACCAGAUCCCGAUGAACGGCGUGAGCAAGGGAGAUCCCAGAGCCAGGAUCGACCCUUCGCGCUUCCACCGGGUGGACGAGUUCCAGGACAAGGUCACGGAGUGCUUAAACGGAACCCUGACCGCCACCCAGCUCCAGCCGCUGAGGCCAGACCAGCGGAACAAGCGCCCCGCCAAGCUCCUGGAGGUCGGCGAGAGGCUCUCUGCUGCGCCUGCGGCCUCCGAGCCCGGCGCCGCCGGCGCGGGCUCCGCCGCGCGCGCCGCCCCGCGCGCGGCUGCCGAGGCAACGCCCGGCGCGCCGGCGGCGGCUGCGCAGCACGGUCGAGGCGCAGGGCCCAGGCCGGGGCUGGCCGAGCGCCUGCUCGCGGCCGCGUGGCGUUUCGUCGGCUGGGCUUAG